AUGGCUACGGUUACCACCACCAGGACCCUACCUGGUGGCAACCAGAAGAUGGAAGCCGUGUCCGGUGCUCCUGUACAACUUCUUCAGUCCCGGGAGACCGGUGAGGUUGACCCCAGGCCAAAGCCUGGAGAAAGGCCAGCAGUCGCAAAGUCAUGGGCACACUUUGUAGCUGGAGGUGUCGGCGGCAUGACAGCAGCAACCCUCACAGCCCCCCUCGACGUCCUCAAAACCCGCCUCCAAUCCGACUUUUACCAAGCCCAGCUCAAGGCCUCCCGCGCCGCCCACGUCGGCCCCAUGAACCCCCUCCGCACGGCAGUCUACCACUUCAACGAAACCGCCUCGAUCCUCGCGGCCGUGUACAAGGUAGAAGGCCCGCGCGCCUUGUUCAAGGGUCUCGGCCCCAACCUCGUCGGCGUCGUCCCUGCCCGCGCGAUCAACUUCUUUACAUACGGCAACAGUAAACGUUUGUUGGCUCAAUGGUUCAAUGAUGGGAAAGACGACUCGACAUACAUCCACCUCUCCUCGGCCAUCAUAGCCGGUGUGGUAACGAGCACGGCGACGAACCCGAUCUGGAUGGUCAAGACGAGAUUGCAGCUUGACAAGAACCUCGCGGCUGAGGGCGGGAUCGCGACGAGGCAGUACAAGAACAGUUUGGACUGCAUCAAGCAGGUGCUGAGGAAUGAGGGCAUUUACGGGCUCUACAAGGGCAUGAGCGCGAGUUAUCUGGGCGUGGCCGAGUCGACCCUGCAGUGGGUGCUGUACGAGCGGGCGAAGAAGAGUCUGGCGAGGAGGGAGGAGAGGUUGGUGAUUAGCGGGAAGGAGAGGACGUGGUGGGAUACGACGGUGAGCUGGAUGGGGAAUGCGAGCGCGGCGGGAGGGGCGAAGUUGAUUGCGGCCAUUUUGACUUACCCUCAUGAGGUUGCCCGGACAAGACUCCGUCAAGCGCCCAUGGCGGACGGCAGACCAAAGUAUACCGGCCUGGUUCAGUGCUUCAAGCUUGUGGCCAAGGAGGAGGGCAUGGUCGGUCUCUAUGGAGGCAUGACGCCGCACCUGCUCAGGACCGUCCCAAGUGCGGCCAUCAUGUUUGGCAUGUACGAGGGCAUCCUGAGACUGCUGCAACCUUCGCAUCAUGAGCCAUGA